UUUCUCUUUCACUUUUUUAACAAAGAAAACGAAACAAUGGAGCAAGAUCUAUUGGAGAACGGAAAAAAACGACGAAUCCUAACUCCCAAACGGAUGCAAAAGAAAUUGAGGGAUAGCAGCAACAACCGGACGUCACAAUGCAUGGAGGUAUCGACGAUCAACAGCCAGGAAAAGAGCACCCAGCAUCCUCUCAGUAAUGACGCGUUUCACUUUGCCAGAAGAAAGUUUAAACAGUCAGAUGGCACGCUCUUCUAUGGUGACGGUGACCGGAUGAGCGAACAUCAUAAGAGAAACAGAAAGAAUCAUUUUCCGCAGCAGCAGCAGCAGCAGCAAAAGCGACAUCGUGGAGCCAAUGAUACCUUGGCAUGGAGCACCGCUGCUAUACCAACUCACUUUAAUACGAUAUCCAGCAAUGUGACGAUGGAUCCUUAUCAAAACCUCAACAGCUCACCAACAAAGCAAAACAUUCCUGUUGACGUUGGUAGUACUUGCAACGAUAUUACUACUACGACCUCAACCACCACACAAGUAUCCUUUAGCAACUCAAGCAUGGUGAACAGUAUUAAAAACCAAGCAUUAUACAGUGAGCUACCAGCAGAAGCAGAAGCACAAUUAAACGAGAUGCAUCGCCUGAUCACCGAGCAAGUGAGUUUAUCUGAUAGCAUCGAUGCGCAACGACAAAAGCAACGAGCACUGUACAACGACGAGAUAUUUGUACAGACAAACAAAGAUAUUGAUUACUAUGAGGCGCAAUCGUAUAAAAAGAUGCUGCAAGCUCACAUGAAUAGCGAGCCAAUGAAUACUACGAAGCAUCAAUGAGCCGGAACGAAAAAACGCAAUACUUAUCAUGGAGAGUUCUUUAAGAUCAGUUCUGGCAACAAUAGUUGACGUCGUUAAUAGCACUUUUUAUCAACCCAUGCAACUGUCGU